GAAAGAGGAGGGCAAAGAUGCAGUUCAAGAUGGGGAGCGUCCUGCUGUCUCUUCUCUUCUGGCACCAAGCGGUGCUGGCACUGUCUCCUGGCGAGGAUGAGAGGCUGGAGCUGUGGCACAGCAAGGCUUGCAAAUGCGACUGCCAAGGAGGUCUUAACUCGGUAUGGUCCAGCAGGACUAACACCUUAGAGUGCAUGCCAGAGUGCCCCUACCACAAGCCCUUGGGCUUUGAGUCCGGCGCCGUCACCCCCGACCAGAUCAGCUGCUCCAACCCCGAGCAGUACACGGGCUGGUACUCCUCGUGGACCGCCAACAAGGCCCGCCUCAACAGCGGUGUCCCCCGCAGGUGCGCGUGGCUCUCCAAGUACCAGGACAACGGGCAGUGGCUGCAGAUCGACCUCAAGGAGGUGAAGGUGAUCUCAGGGAUCCUCACGCAAGGGCGCUGUGAUGCCGACGAGUGGAUGACCAAGUACAGCGUGCAGUACCGCACCGACGAAAACCUCAACUGGGUUUACUACAAGGACCAGACCGGCAACAACCGGGUUUUCUAUGGCAACUCGGACCGCUCGUCCUCAGUCCAGAACCUGCUGCGCCCCCCCAUCGUGGCCCGCUUCAUCCGCCUCAUCCCGCUGGGCUGGCACGUGCGCAUCGCCAUCCGCAUGGAGCUGCUCGAGUGCCUGGGCAAGUGCUCCUGAG